AUGGCUUCUGCACCCACCACUCCCGGCGGUGGCCUCGAUCGCUACGUCGUCAUCCACGUAGCUACCACCUGCGACGAGCAUGGUGUCUAUGUGACCAAGGACUCGGCAGAAGUCAUCGAGCUGGGCUGGAUCCUGCUCGACUCCAAGAACUGCGACGAGCUUCACCGUGAGAGCGUUCUUGUCAAGCCUGUCAACACUCCCAUCACCCCGCUCUGCACCAGCCUUACAACCCUUACCUGGGAGCACGUCCGCAAUGCAGGCUCCUUCCGCGAUGCCAUCAACCGCUUCGACCAAUUCGCCCAGGAGCACCUCGUCAAGAACAACCACGAGUUUGCCUUUGUCACUCUUGACUCUUGGGACCUCCGUGUCCAGCUGCCCCGUGAGGCUCGCGAUAAGGCCGUCGUCCUUCCCCCCUACCUGCAGCACUCGCGCACCUUCGACCUUCGCACCGAGUACCAAAGAUGGCAAGCUCAUCACCCCGAGUCGCUACCCUUCGGCUCCAGUGCCUUGACCAACAUCUGUGCUGCCCUUGAGGUUGAGCCCGUCCAAUCCUCGGCUCCCAUCAAGCACAACUUGCCUUUCCACCUGCAAGCUCUGGCUCCCGCCUCGCCUCGUCGUGCCAUGGAGGAGGCCGUCACCCUUGCAAGAGUCCUUCGCGGUCUGAUCCGCAAGUCUCAACCUCCCCACGAGCACCCCGAUGUCCUGACCCGCCCCAUGGAUGCCCGCGCAGACGUGCGUGCUUUCUUGUCUGAGCGUAGCAAGGUCCUUCACAUGAGUGGACUUCCUCAUGACACCACCCAGUCCGAGCUCGAGAGUUGGUUCACUCAAUUCGGUGGUAGACCCAUCGCUUUCUGGACCCUCCGCACCCCCGACCAGCAUAAGCCCACUGGUACUGGCUUCGCCAUCUUCUCCUCCCACGAAGAGGCUGCCGAAUCUCUCUGCAUGAACGGCCGUGCACUCAACGAAAAGGCCAUCGAGGUCUCGCCUUCUUCCUCGCGCGUACUUGACCGUGCCGCUGAUAUCCUCACCGCCUUCCCUCCUAGCAAGAACCGCCCUCGUCCCGGUGACUGGACCUGCCCAUCUUGCGGCUUCUCUAACUUUCAGCGCCGCACUGCUUGCUUCCGCUGCUCUUUCCCUGCCAUGGCUGCAGCCCCUGACCCGAUGUACGGCUACGGCUACGGCCACCCUGGCAUGAUGGGUCCUCCUGGACACCACAUGGGUCACCACCACAUGGGUGGCGGUGGCAUGCGUGGCGGCGGUUCCACUCACGUUCCUUUCCGUGCAGGUGACUGGAGAUGCGGUGCCGAGGGUUGCAACUACCACAACUUUGCUAAGAACGUCAGCUGUCUUCGCUGUGGUGCUUCGCGUGCAAGCGCCGCUCUGGUCGCGGAUUCCAACUUCCAGCAGGUCGAUGGAUCCCAAGGCUAUGGAAUGGCCCCUCCCUCUAUGGCCGGCACUCCUGGACCUGCCCCCUAUGCUCCUCAGCAAGGUGGAUUCAACUCUGCCGGAAACUUCCCUGGCCAGACUUACGGUGGUCCGCAGUCAACCUACGCUCUUCCUUCCGGACUUGGUGCUGGUACCUCCCCUUACCCCGCCAUGAGCUCUGCUUACGGCCACAACGCUGGCAUGCCCUCUGGUGGAUUUGACAGCCGUGCUGAGGCUGCUUUCUCCGCAGGCCAGAACAACUCCUCCUUCUCCAACGGUGGUGGUAUGUACGCUGGCGAACAGGCCACCCCUGACCCAUUCACCUUCCUGAGCAGUGGUCUCAGCGGUCUUAGCGUCUCGGACGAUGCUCGCCGCAACGGUACCAACCCUUCCAAGUCUCCUGCAUAG